AUGGGUUUCGAACCCUCCAGCCUGGAGAAACCUGGAAGAACCCUGUCUGGAUUCAACGGUUCUUCCACAACCUCACUUGGGGAUGUAAUACUGCCAGUUCAAGUCGGACCAGUCAUCCUAAAUGUUCUAUUCUCUGUUGUUGAGGAUUUAUCUCCUUUCAAUGCCAUCUUGGGACGCACGUGGUUGCACGGAAUGAAAGUCAUUCCAUCCACAUACGAUCAAAGGGUCAGUUUCAUCACCCAAGAUGGGCAAAUUAAUCUUUACGGAAGUCAGCUCGCUGCCCAACAAUGUUAUCAGAUCGCUCACGAGGCCGGACCCAGCGCCGACCGCGAGCACUCCCCUAAAGAAGCAAGUGCUUCUGACCAAUAG